CACAAGCAGCUUGAUCUAACAGGGCAUUGGGAAUUGAUUUCAAUGCGCAUAAUCUUACUCUAUGCGUGGAUCAAUCUCAUUUUAGCAAUUGGACGGGCAUUGUAGUUGGUUUUACUGGUCAGUGGGAUAUCUGAAAGAUGAGACCUCUGUGGACUGUGAAGGCUCCGUCAGUGUGGGCAGGCUUUGUCCUCUUCGUCUGCAUUAUCCUCCAUGGUUGUAAAGGCGAUGUUCGAUAUUCCAUUCCGGAGGAAAUGCAACGCGGCUCCGUAGUCGGGAAGAUUACACAAGAUUUGGGAAUUGACACAAAAUCGCUUUCUGCUCGUAAACCGAGACUGGAUUUCGAAGGUAGCAAACGCUAUUGCGAGUUUAACUCGUGGACUGGAGAGCUGACUGUGAACGAAAGAAUGGACCGAGAGGUGAUGUGUGGCCAGAGACCGUCAUGUGCGGUGCAUUUUGAUUUAUUUCUCGAAAACCCAUUAGAAUUCCAUCGGAUAACACUGGACACACAGGAUAUCAAUGACAACUCCCCAAAGUUCCGGAACGAUGUGAUUAAUUUGGAGAUACAGGAGUCGGUCGGCAAAGGAGCACGGUUUUCUAUAGACGAGGCACAUGACGCAGACACUGGGGUGAAUUCUGUGCAGGGCUACACUCUCUCGAACAAUGAACAUUUCUCACUCGCUGUUCAUAGCAGCACAGAUCGAGGCAAGUACAGUGAAAUUGUUCUUGAGAAUGAGCUAGAUCGAGAAAAACAGGACCACCUUUCUUUAACUCUAUCCGCUUAUGAUGGAGGAUCUCCCAAGAGGAGUGGUUCUGUGAUUAUAAAUGUAAAAGUGCUCGAUGCGAAUGACAACGUCCCUGUGUUUACGCAGCCUGUGUAUGAGGUGAGUCUUUUUGAAAACUCCCCUUUAGGUACCAUUGUCUUUCAAGUUAGCGCCAGCGAUGCAGACGAAGGAGCAAACGGAGAAGUAACUUAUGAAUUUAGCUAUAUUUCAAUCAAUGCUGAAAAUCUAUUCAGCAUAGACCCGACAACAGGGGUUAUUACAGUGAAAGGCACAAUAGAUUUCGAAGAAUCAUCUUCAUUCGAGCUUCGUGUGAAAGCUAAAGAUGGUGCAGGCCAGUCUGCGUCAUGUAAAGUUGUUGUAGAAGUUGAAGAUCUGAACGACAAUCCUCCACUAAUUGUUAUGAAAUCAUUACUUUCCCCGGUACCUGAGAAUAUACCUUCCGGCACCGAAAUUGGCUUAAUUUAUGUGCAAGAUAAAGACUCUAGAGCCAAUGGCAAGAUUAAGUGCUCCAUUGACCAACAUGCACCCCUACAGUUAGUUCCAUCUGUCAAAAAUCAUUUUUCUCUAGUGACAACAACCGAGUUGGAUCGUGAAGCUCAGCCAGAAUAUAAUAUUACUCUAACUGCAACAGAUGAUGGCUCUCCUCCACUCUUCUCGUCCAAAACUUUUUCGUUAUCAUUAGGCGAUGUAAAUGAUAACUCCCCUGUAUUCGAGAAACAAUAUUACCAUGCCAACAUACUCGAAAACAACAAACCCGGUUCAUCCUUGUGUUCUGUGCUGGCUAAAGACCCGGACUGGAGACAAAAUGGCACCGUGUUUUAUUCUCUGGUACCUGGCGAGGUCAAUAGCCACUCAGUCUCUUCUUUUAUCUCUAUCAAUGGUGACACUGGUGUUAUUCAUGCAGUAAGACCAUUCGACUACGAGCAGUUUAAGAGCUUUAAAGUUACUGUCGUAGCAAGAGACAACGGGUCCCCUGCACUUAGCAGCAACGUCACCGUGAACAUCUUCAUUACAGACGACAAUGACAACUCCCCACAAAUACUAUACCCAACCCUCGAAAGAAACUCUCUCAUGACUGAACUGGUACCAAAAGCUGCCCAAGCAGGCUCGCUGGUGUCUAAAGUAAUAGCGGUCGACGCUGACUCUGGGCAAAAUGCGUGGCUGUCAUUCAGCAUUGUCAAAUCGACUGACCCUGGACUGUUUGUUAUUGGUGAGCACAGCGGCGAGAUUAGGACGCAGAGGGACAUCUCUGUCACUGAUGGCAUGAAACAAAACCUUGUUGUGUCUGUGAGAGACAAUGGACAACCACCUCUUUCUGCUACAUGUGCUGUUUAUUUAGUCAUAUCAGAUAACUUGGCCGAAGUUCCAGAGUUUAAAGACAUGUCUUUAGAGGGAAAUUACACCAAACUCACUUUUUACUUGAUUAUAGCUUUAGUGUCAGUGAGCACCUUCUUCCUCACCUUCAUCAUCAUCACUCUGGCUAUGAGAUUCUGUAACAGAAGAAAACCAAGGCUGUUAUUUGACGGGCCUGUAGCCAUUCCAAGUACCUAUCUUCCUCCAAAUUACGCAGACGUGGACGGCACCGGAACUCUGCGCAGCUGUUACAGUUAUGACGCUUAUCUCACCACGGGAUCUCGCACCAGUGACUUUAAAUUUGUCAACUCUUACAAUGAAGGAACACUACCUGCUGACUUGACAUUGAACGAGUCUCCACCUGCCUUUAACCACCACAAUACACCUGGAAAUGUAGCUGAACUUUCUUCUCCGGUAAGCUAAAUAAAUAAUUAUUUUCUUAUCACAUGUGCGUUUACUAUCUGUUUCUUUUGCCAUAUUUUGUUGCAU